AUGUUACAGCAGUGGUUCUCAAAGUGGGGUCCGGGGACCCCCGGGGGUCCCCAGGCCAUUGCCAGGGGGUCCUUGAAACAGUUUGCUACAGGUCAAAGGGGGUCCUUGCAAAAUAUUUUUGCGCCAUUAGGGGUCCCCGACCCCAUUAAGUUUGAGAACCCCUGUCAGCUGGUGCAGCAAGGAAGCACGUGCAGCUCCGCGCAUUUCAAGAUCAAGAUGGCAGCCUCCGUGUGUCGGUGCUACGAGCUGGUUGGCAGACGUGCCUUGGCCCUCAGCUCCCGGUGUCUGGUCUCCUCCGUGUGGAGAGGAGAUGCCUACAGAUUACAGAGGAGCCCAGCAGCUGCUGUGCAGGUGCGAUAUGCCUCAGGGCGUAAGGGUUUCCUGGGAGAGUUUGUGGAUAACCUCCGUCAGGAGUUCAGUAAGAAUCAAGAGAUGAAGGAUAACAUAAAGAAGUUCAGAGAGGAGGCCAAGAAGCUUGAGGAGUCAGAUGCCCUCCAACAGGCACGCCGGAAAUAUAAAACUAUAGAGGCAGAGACGGUGAAGACCUCAGAGGUAUUUAAGAAGACUUUCGGCUCCCUGUCAGAAACUAUGAAAGAGGGUCUGGAGGAGAUGACUCGUACCGACAUUGGGAAGAAGAUCAAGGAAGGUGUGGAGGAGGCAACCAAGACAGCCAUGCACUCAGCUGAAUCUGUCUCUAAGGGAGGAGAAAAACUGGGCAGGACCGGUGCAUUCAAGGCCAUCUCACAGAGUGUGGAGACCAUGAAAAAGGAGAUAGAUGUUGGUGAUGCCGGCCCUUACAGGGCUCCUCCUCAGCUGAGGAAGAGAAGCGAUUUCUCAUCUAAAGGAGCAGACAGUGACUCCAGAGUGUUCGAGGCCAAUGAGGAAGAUAUGGGUGUCGUUCUCCACAAGGAUUCAAAGUGGUACCAACAAUGGAAGGACUUCAAGGACAAAAAUGUAGUUUUUAACAGGUACUUUGAGAUGAAGAUGAAAUAUGAUGAAAGUGACAAUGCCCUUAUCAGAGCAUCCCGAGCUGUGACUGACAAAGUUACUGACCUCAUAGGUGGUCUUUUCUCUAAGACGGAAAUGUCAGAGGUUCUGACGGAGAUAGUAAAGGCAGACCCCAACUUUGACAAAGACUCUUUUCUCAAACAGUGUGAGAAGGACAUCAUCCCAAAUAUACUGGAGGCUAUGAUCCGUGGAGAGCUGGAUGUACUAAAGGACUGGUGCUAUGAAGCUACAUACAGUCAGCUGGCUCACCCAAUCCAGCAGGCCAGAGCUUUGGGGCUGCUCUUUCAAUCCAAAAUCCUUGACAUUGAUAAUAUAGACUUGGCGAUGGGGAAGAUGAUGGACCAGGGCCCUGUGCUGAUCAUCACCUUCCAGGCUCAAGUCGUCAUGGUGAUCCGCAGCCCCAAAGGAGACAUAGUGGAAGGAGAUCCGGAGAAGGUGAUGAGGAUGAUGUAUGUUUGGGCAUUGUGUCGUGACCAGGAGGAGCUGAACCCUAACGCAGCCUGGAGACUCCUCGACAUCUCUGCCUCCAGCACCGAGCAGGUUCUCUAGAAGGAGGAGGAACGCAGGUUAAGAGGUCCAUCUUGGACACAAACUGAGAAGACCGGACAGAAGAAAACAAGGAUGUGCCUGAAAAUACCUGCACGUACUGACGCUCAUAAACACACAUAUUUAAUGAGGGCAGAGUAAACCCAUGCUCCUGUGCACACACACUACCAUUUCUCCAUCGCCACCUGCAGGAUUCAUGUGUCGAUGUGUAAAAACGAACAUGGAGAUUUGACAAACUCGUAGAAAUCCGAACAUCCGUUGUGCGUAUAUGUGUUGUCUCUUGCACCGGUUUGCUCAGUUUUUGGGUUUCCAGGUACUGAGAGGACUGUGAAUAUUCAACAUAAACUUUAUUUCUGAAAAGGAUGCAAGCAGUGUUACACCCACUCCCCCACCCCCCACCCCUUUUCUUUCAUCUGAUGGUACAGUCCAUCCAGCCUAGUGACCAAAUCCCAGAAGAUCAUGGUAGACCGGCGGUGGGAAAAAAAAUGGACAUAGCCCGUGUGAUGCCACUUGUUGCUCUUCAGAUGGAUGUUUUGAAGCCUGAAGCUCAAGUUUAAUGCUCACAACUGUUUUUGUCAAAUACUGUAAAUGGAAAAUGAAAGUUGAGGCAGUGAAAUGGAGACUUGUUAGAUUUGUGGUGGUGCCAGCCAGCAGCAAACCAACUCAGCCAAGUGUGACAUCAUGAGAGACACCGAUGGUUUAAGUUCACAGGCCUCAGUUUAAACGUUAAAUUUGUGGCGUAAAUUUUGUCAUCUGCCCAUGUCCACAUGCAGCCCCAAAUGUAUAACAGUGUAGAUGUUAAUUGCAGACUGUGUGUGCCAGUAAAAGUAUAUAAAGAUGACUGUAAAUGAGGGGAAAAGGCGAGGGAAUGGCAUGUAACAGUUAAAUGUCAGCAUCACAGCCUCUAAAUCACUGGGGAGGCUCACAAUAGCUAUUUAAAUGACCAAAAAAAGCACAUAUAAGAAGAGAUUUAAUUAGCAAUUUAGACUUUAAUGUAAUUUAUAUUUUUAGUAAGAAAACAUUUGGGAGUUUUCUUUUUCAAGGUUGCAUCUAAUAACUUUUAGAAGAUGUUGAGUCACUAUACAUGAAGCUGUGGUGUUUCCUGCUGGCUUUUACAUCAAAAAUGUAUCAAAAGCUUGUAAAAUAAGAGAGAUGAAGAAAGAAGCAUAAAAUAUAGGAUGUAAUGAUCUGUAUUUUCAUAUGUACCACGGCCAAGACAGCCCAAUGCACUGCAGCUUGCAAAGCCACAAAACAAGUGGAGGAAAUACAAUAUAUGCUUGUAUUUCAUCUCAAGUUGUCAAUCAGUGUACAUACCUCAUUAAUAAGAAGACAUGUAUCUACAUAUUAAUAUAAGCUCCUAACUCCUUGUAAAUAUAGUAAAUGUCAAGCGUUGCUUCUCAGUAAGCUCGGGUGGGACCACAGUCAAAUAUGUCAUCGAGGCAGCUUCAUUAUUUGAGGAUCAUUUUGCCAUCUCAUGUUGCACUUUCAUUUCUUUUUCUUACUGAAAUGUUUGGUUUACUGUAUUAAAUGUGGCUGUUUAAGGGGGUAGCGCUGAAGAUGAAAACCUGAGUGAAUGAGUACACUACUGUACUGCUGUGUUGACUGCUAUUGGCCUUUAUUAUGUGUAAGUUAUGUGUCACUGCAGACGGCACACAUGAUUGUACUGUAACACGUUCCUCAACUACUUCAUAAACUUACAAAAACGUCCAUACCUGUGAAGAGAUGUUGAGCUCCUGGUAAUUGUCUUUAAGUUAUUAGCACCAGAAUUUAAUGUGAAAAAAGCUCUCAAUUAAUGCCUGUUUUUUUAUGUGUGACAAAAGCCAUUAAUGGUCGAAACAUGUGAGGUGGCCUGUUACUAAUAACACCAGAACUGAUGAGUAUCCCUGAUGAUCGUACUAUGCUCGAUUCGCUUUGUCAUGAGUCCCUGGUGUGUGCUGAUGAUUUGAUAUCUGUAUAUUUAAGAUAUAGAUGAAAACCAGGAAAUGUUUGACAUAAGAUGUGCACCUCAUUUUGUCAGUUCAACAAGCAUCUUUGCUGAGUCUAGUCCCCAAGAAAUAUCAAAUAUAAAAAUGACAGAUUGUGUGAAAUUUACUGAGUUCAUUAUUGUUCCCAGCAGAAAACCCAUCCCAUGUGGGACACUCUGUUAACCCCCUUUUGACACGAGAUGUUGCAAGAUAUUAAUUAAUAAAACACGCAAAAUGCAAAAUCCUUUAGAUUUUAAUGAUGCAAAGCCUUUCUCCCAUAGAAGAAACCUAAUUAUUGGCCCAAUUCUUAUAAAGCUUAACUCAAUGACCUAGGCAUCAUUAAACUGUAUACGAUAUUUCUUUUACCAGAUUGAAUCCAUCUAUCCCUGUAUGAGUUGGUUCUUCAUCUAAUUGAACAAAAUAAAGCCAAAGUCUAGCAGUUUUCAUUUUGAAUUACAUAGACAACAGACUCAUUUUACCUUAAACUCGUGCAUUUUAAAAACAAACCUAUUUAUUAUGUCAAGUUUAGGAAAUUUGAAAUUUUACUUGGAAAAAUGACAAACACUGUACU